AAGCUCUCACCAGCGUCACCCUCAUUAUAUAUCCCAACCAUAUAGCCUCACUAUCCCCAUUAUCAUCUCUCUCUUCAGUAAUCAAGCUCCUAAGCUUUCAAUUGUUAUUUGAGAAUUGAAGUUACUUGAAGAUGUCAGGACGCGGAAAGGGAGGAAAAGGGUUAGGAAAGGGAGGAGCAAAACGACACCGUAAAGUCCUCCGCGACAACAUCCAAGGUAUCACAAAGCCAGCAAUCAGGCGUUUAGCUCGUAGAGGAGGAGUGAAGCGUAUCAGUGGGCUUAUCUACGAGGAGACACGUGGCGUGCUCAAGAUCUUUCUAGAGAAUGUGAUUCGUGAUGCUGUAACUUACACUGAGCACGCUAGGAGGAAGACUGUGACUGCUAUGGAUGUUGUUUACGCGCUCAAGAGGCAAGGCCGUACUCUCUAUGGUUUUGGUGGUUAGAGAUUGGAAUUAAUUAAUGUUGGUUUUACCUUUAAUGUAACUAUGUUCUAAAUAUGAUUAGUUUUUGCAAGAAUAUUAUUGCUUAAUUAAUGAAAUUGCACUACUUAUUUUCUUAC